UAACAGGGACAUGCUGCGCUCUGCGCUCGCCGUAAAUGGGCUUCCACGCUCUAUGUUGCAGCGGCGCACAAAUGUCCAGUCACUGCUGUUGUUAGCGACCAUAGCCGGUCCCCUACGAUUCGAGUACAUUGCAAUGAGCUCAAAGGAAUGAUUUGUCUGUCUGACAGCCUGCUGAUUGGAAGAAGACAUUCCCAAUGCCAACAACGGAGGUGCUGAUUGGUUCUACCUGCCAACUUUGGACCUUUUUGACCAUUUAUCAUUUGGUGUCUGUUAGAUGAGAAGUGACAUAGGAGGGAAUCUCUUGAGGUUUGAGUCAUCAAUGCCCAUGUCAUUGUUAUAGGAGGCCUACUGAGACAGACAGGGAGAGGAACAGACAGGAAGAGGAACAGGCAGCAUGGACACUAUAGAGAACCCCGCCUUGGAGCCCAGAUCGGAGCGGAUUGCCCGCUACAAGGCCGAAAGGAGGCGGGAGCUACAAGAACGCUAUGGCAACAUGGAGGAGCUCCCAUCCAAGUGGGUGAGGAGGGAUGGGACUCUCAUGAACUCAGACGGCGCACCUCCCUCCACAGACAGGAUCCUCUCUGGGGGGGUGAACGGCAGAGCGGGGGGGCCGGAGGGGGGCAGGAGGGAGAGCAACACCCCUCUGGAGUCAGAACCGAGGAGAGUCUCCAACGGCUUUGAGGCAGACACUGCUGCAGACCCAACAUACAUCCGAAGGCAGUGUUCUUCUGGCUCUGCCGGCAUGUUGAGUAGGGGGGAGUCCCUAGCUCCCCCAGGCCCCCCUGGACCCGACGCGGCCCAGCUGCAAACGCGGGUGUCGGUGGGCCAGUUGAGGAGUGCCCUGCUGCAGCAGACCGGGACUGGAACACAGCCUGAGAAAGUUCCUGACAGUGGCCGUGCCGCCUCUUCCCUUGACCUGGCUGUAAAGCCGGGCUCGGAGGGGGGACGGCGGUGCACCCGUCGCUACCACCCUGGGGUGUCGGGCGGGUGCCGCAAAACCAACGAGCGCUUCAGGACACAGCCGAUCACAGCCUGUGAGGUGCAGGAGAGCGGCGGACUGCUAGAAGCAGAGGAAGAGGAGAACGCGAAAGCUGAUGUGAAGACAGACGACAGAGCCAAGAUGAGUGUGGCGGCCAAGAUGUCUCUGUUUAAAGAGCUAGAGAAGACAGCAGCCCCUGAGGCCUCCUCCUUUCUGAAGCCUCGCUCUGGCAGCGCCACGUAUGAACGCAGAGGACGCCGCGGCAACGAGCACCGCUCACUCACUCAGCCAAUUACCUGUGAGGAGAUGGUGGUGGCCACCAGCAGCACCCCCCAGCCAGCAGAGUCAGGCGAGGCCCAGGCUGUGCAGGCCGAGGCAGAGGCGGUGGAGGACGAUGAGAACAGUAAGCUGACUAUGAGUGAGAAGCUGGCUCUGUUCAACAAGCUGUCCCUGCCAGGGAACCAGGGGGACGCCGCUCCCCAUGCCCCCCCAGAGAGACGCAGGCAGAAGGGGGCACGCUACCGCACACAGCCCAUCACCGUGGAGGAGGUCAGCCUGCUCCAGAAAGGCCCCAUCCAGCUGCCCCCGCUUCGCCUGUCCCCCACCCUCUCCGACCGGCAGCAGGAGCAGUCCAUCAACCUGAGGCCCAGUGAGGUGCGUCAGGCCCAGCCUCGACCCGGGGCCGACGUGGAGCCUAACACAGGACCUGACCCAUCCCAGCAGGGCCUGCAGCAGCGCAGGGGCUCUGAGCCAGGAGAGAUCAGAGGCAUCCUGAGGAAGAGCCCCUCUGGAGGACCAGAAUGGGACCGAGACAGAGACACUAUGUGGGAGGGCAGACAGCAGGACCAGAAUGGAGGAGGGGAGAGGGGGAAUGGGGUGGAGGAGAGGAGGGCAGAGAGACAUGAUAAUGUACCAGUGCCUCGUAGAGAGAGACCAGCCUCCUCUGCCCCCUGGAGACAGAGGAACAGGAACAGGAGGGAGACGGUGGCCGUGUGUGCCCCAGACAGGCCAUCCUCAGAGCAGGGUCACCCCCAGGAGGAGAGGCAGAUGGACCCUCCUGGGAACACCUCUGGGAGAGACAGGUUGUCAGAUGCUUCCAGGGAGGAGGAAGAGGAGGAGGAGAGGGGGAGCAGGGUGAGGAGAGACACCCCUCCCAGACAACACGUCCAGGUGACCUUGGCGGACCAGAGGAAGGAAGACAGUGAGAUCUCCCAUGAUGCACCAGCUGUCAACCCUCAGUGCUGGGAUCCUGCCUUUUCCUCUGUCUAUUCUAACAGUACACCUCAAUAUGUCAUGUGUUACAAUCAGACCAGCUCUUCCUUUGAGGCCCAGGAGGUAUCCUCUCCUACCCAGCCCCUCUCUCAGCCCCAAUGGAGACAGAAGCACGCUAGACCAGUAGAAGAGGAGGAGCUGCCACAGGCGUCGGUGGCUGAGCGCAUGAGAACCCUACAGGAGAGUGAGGAGCAGUGGAAGACCAGAGGGAGAGGGGCCGCCAACGACUCAGCCCAGUACACUGUGGCCGGACGCCUGGCGAAAAGAGGUUUGGUGUCCCCUGUAUCGGACAUACACGAGACCCCUCCAUCUCACACUAAGAGACCCUCCACAGGAGCAACAUCAUGCCCAUAUGAAGAGAUCUCCAGUCACCCUGGGAUGGAGGUUGGAGAGGACACAAAGCUGGACAAACUGGAUUCCAUUGUGGACAGGCUGAAUACCGCUCCCCAGGACACGCCCCUGGAGGUGACCUCAGGGAGGGAGAAGGAGGUCAUGACCCCUGAUGACCAGGAGACGUGUGGUGGUUUCUACAGGGAGGUGUCGCCCCACUCACCCUCUGCCCUCCUCGCUGGGGCUGGUGCUGCCACUGGAACUGACCCAGAACAAGACCUCAGUGCCCUCUGCCAGACCAACACACCUAUGCUGACAUCAGAAGUAGCGCAGCACAGGCGGUCGGUGCGUCCGUCCCGUAGGACCCAGGGCUCCCGGAACCCUCUGCGUGCUCUGGCGGCCCGCGAUGACAUCAGACAGGACUUCAUGGGAGAGAGAGUCACCAUGGCUACCGUGAACACUAACAGGACACAAAUGGAGAAGAUGGUCAAGAAUUCCAACAUGGCUGACUCAACUCUAGCAGGUCUGGCCAGUACAGAGGACUUCAGUAACGUCGAUCUGCGUGAUGUCACUUCCACAGAGUCAAUGAUGAACAAUAACAACCUGCCCAUCAGCAACCUCAUGCUCAUUCACAUCAAAGGUUGGCAUCAUGUGCAAGUGCGUUUGGUGGAGCCCACAGCCAGGUCUCUGAACAGUGGAGACUGCUUCCUGCUGGUCACACCCACUCACUGCAUCCUGUGGAGCGGAGAGUUCGCCAACACCAGAGAGAAAGCCAAGGCGUCAGAGCUGGCAUCGUUGAUCCAGACACAGGGGGAUCUGGGAUGCCGGGCCUGUGGGGUCAUCCACCUAGAGGAGGGGGUCAAUACUGACAACAGCCUGGCCUCUGACUUCUGGAACCUUCUGGGAGGAAAGACACAAUACAGAGGAGCAGGAGCCCCAGAAGAGGAUGAGCUAUAUGAGAGUGGGGUGGUGGAGUCUAACUGUUUGUACAGGCUGGUGGAGAACAGACUGGUACCCCAUGAGCAGGCCUGGGCAGCCAUCCCCACUGUCUCCCUACUGGGAUCCACUGAGGCCCUGGUGUUUGACUUUGGCAGCGAGGUGUACCUGUGGCAUGGGAAGGAUGUUGCCCCUGGCGACAGGAGUGUGGCUGUACAGCUGGCCCAGCAGGUGUGGGGUGGUCCCUACGACUACAGCAACUGUAGGGUCAACCCACUGGACCCCACACACUGCAACCCCAGCAUACAGCCGCAAGGUGAAAGACGGCCCGGCUGGGCUCUGUUUGGCUGUGUCUCUGAGCACAAGGAGACAGCCCUCUUCAGGGAGAAGUUUCUGGACUGGGCUGGAGAUAAGGAGGAGACCGCUGCAAUGGUGGUGGAGACUGCCAUUCCAGUGUUGCCCCAGCAGAGUCCCCUGCCCCAGCAGCCCCAGCAGCCCCAGCAGCAGUUAGAGUGUGUGUCUCUGUGUGCGUGUGAUGCCAAGGCGCUGGUGGCAGGGCAGGGGGUGGCGGUGCCAGGGGCCUUGGUGGUCCCUACAGUCCUGGAGGGGGUGGACGUUCAGAGGGGGCAUGGGGUCGUACCCCUGGAGGACGGGCGGCAGGUGGAGCUGAGCACUGUUGCCGUGGAUACCUGGCACAUUCAGGAGUUUGAGGACAGCGAGGCCCAGCUGGAGAGCCCAGGGCAGCUGCAUGAAGGAGACACAUACCUGGUCCGCUGGACCUAUACUCUCAGCCCAGCGGAUCAAAGCGGGGAGCCUGGGAGGGAGUGCUCUGCUGUCUUCAUCUGGCAGGGCCGGCACUCCAGUAUCAAUGGGCGAGACGCGUCUGCACUCACGAGUCAUGAGGGAACACAGGUGAUGGUGCCGCAGGGGCAGGAGCCUCCAUGUUUCCUUCAGCUUUUCCAGGGAGGUCUGGUCAUCCACAAAGGCUGCCGAGCGGACACCACCAACAACACAGGAGUCUGGCGUCUGUUCUGUGUGCGUGGGGAGCUGCCUGAGGAGGCCAGUCUGUUGGAGGUGGACUGUAGCUGUGGCAGCCUGCGCUCCCGAGGUUCUCUCAUACUACUCAACAGUCAACAGGGGGUGCUCUACCUGUGGCAUGGCUGUAAGGUCCACGCCAGCUCCCGGGAGGCAGGCAAGAGGGCUGUGGAGCGACUCACUCAGAUGUGCCCUCCUGAACUGGGCCUCAGCAGUGAUAGCCCUUCGAGGGUGCAGGAAGUGGAGGAAGGGGCGGAGCCUGUUGAGUUUGGGAACGCUAUUGGGCAGCAGGACAGGAAGGCCUAUGACUGCAUGCUACAAGAUCCAGGGAAGUAUAACUUCACGCCACGCCUCUUCCAUCUGAGCACCCGUUCCAGUACCUUCCAAGGGGAGGAGCUGCUGAGUCCUGCCCGGUUGCCAGGGGUUGUCAUGGCAAUGCCCUUUGUCCAGGAGAGCCUGUACUUUGUGCCACAGCCAGCCCUGUUCCUGCUGGAUAACUGUAUGGAGCUGUAUCUGUGGCAGGCAGGUGAGCCUGAGGACAGUGAGACCGCUGGCUCAGCCUGUAUCCGCUGGGCUAACGAGAGGAGGUGUGCCAUGCAGACAGUGCUCCAGUACUGCAAAGAGAGGAACCCGAGGCGCCCCCUUCAGGCCUACCUCAUCCAGGACGGAGCAGAACCCCUCACCUUCACCAACGUUUUCCCUCGCUGGGAGAAGAGACCCACACCCACCACACAGGGGGAGGCCGGGCGGGUCAAGCUGACCUUGGUGCAGGACGCCCUGGCCCAGCUCAGUAAGACCCAGUACCCCCUAGAGGAGCUGCUGCAGACCCCUCUGCCAGAGGGAGUGGACCCCCAGCGCCUGGAGAUAUACCUCUCCGACCACGACUUCCAGACUAUUUUGGAGAUGAAGAGAGAUGAGUAUGACUCCCUCCCAAACUGGAAACAAAUCAGCCUGAAAAAAAGCAAAGGACUCUAUUGAAAACCUAAACAAACACAAAAAGAUCCCAUUUAUGUCAACAUAUCCUGAGAUUUUUUGUUGUUGUAUUUUCUAUUUUUAAGAGAAUUAUAUUUUCUUGUCAGGUGAUGACAAUUGCAUACCGUGUUUUCUUAGUAGCUGUUUUUAUGUUGUAUCUGUGUGUCUUCUUUAAGUAUGGUGCUUUAGGGCCUCAUUCGUUCUCAGCCAAUCGCUCUCGCUUGCAGAGAGACAGGACUGCCUAUACCUUCAAACAGAAGGACAACCAUCCUUAUCCCCAAUCAAUCAACUGGAUCCAUUUUCUUAUUCCUAGAGCUUACAUGAGUGUGUGGUUUUCUUACUGACUAUGGAUUCCCUCAGAAAUGUUAACUAAAAAGAAGAAGAAACAGCAUUACACAUUUUCCUAUGAAACUUUAAUUUACCUGUACAACUCAAUGAAGGAAAUAAAGUGAAAGUUGAAAGAGAGGAGGGAUAAGGAAACAUCAUGAACGGUGGGUGGGGAGGAGAAAACACAGGAGUGCUUACGUACAAAAGCAAUCAAUUGUAAUAAACAACGGAAACCAGGAAAAUGAA